AUGGAGGCUUUAAUCCAACAAAAAGUAUUGGAAGUAGCGAAUCAGGUGGAAAAGCAAUUAGAUGCUGAAUUAGAACAGCUAGAAAAACUUGAUAGUGAUGAUCUGGAAAAAUUGAGAGAAAAAAGGUUAAAAGAGCUGAAGCAAAUUCAUCAUCAAAAACAAACGUGGAUUGCUGCAGGUCAUGGAGAAUAUAAUGAAAUCUACAACGAAAAAGAAUUUUUUGAAGUAUCCAAAAAAUCACAGAAUAUUGUAUGUUUAUUUUACAAAGAUGAUUCACCUAGAUGUAAAAUAGUGGAUGAACACUUCAAAGGAUUGGCUAAAAAACAUGUGGAAGCACGUUUUUGUAAACUAAAUGUUGAACGGGCUCCAUUCUUGACAGAACGGUUGAAAAUCAGGGUUAUUCCAACAAUAGCUAUUGUCAAAGAUAGUAAAACUGUAGAUUUUAUUGUCGGUUUUACUGAUUUAGGAAACUGCGAUGAUUUUUCAACAGAAAUGCUAGAGUGGCGCAUCGCUCAUUCCGGCGCAAUUUCCUACAAUGGAGAUUUAUUAAAUCCUCCAGAAAAAGGAGCUAAGAAAAAAAUCACACACUUGAAAAAACCUAAAACCAUCCGAAGUAAAUAUGACUCCGAUGAUAGUGAUGCUGAUGAAAUUUAA